UUUAUUUGUUUUGGGGGGUCAGGGGCGACGAAUAAGGAAAGGUUGGGUGGGGGGCAGUCCUUCGUGGUUCAAAGUCCUUCUCCUCCUUAAAAAGAAAGGGCCUCGCGGAAAACUCCACUCCAAUUACUCCCGUCUUCUUCUUUCCUUUUUUGGGUAUCAGCCGAGGAGGAGGAGGAGGAGGAGGCGGAGAUGGUGAGGGGAAAGACGGAGAUAAAGCGGAUAGAGAACGCGACGAGCAGGCAGGUGACGUUCUCGAAGCGGAGGAAUGGGCUUCUGAAGAAGGCGUUCGAGCUUUCGGUCCUCUGCGACGCCGAGGUCGCCCUCAUCGUCUUCUCCCCCCGGGGGAAGCUCUACGAAUUCUCCAGCACCAGCAUGCAGAAAACAAUCAAUCGCUAUAGAAUGCAUGCAAAAAGUGGCAUCAACAACAAUGAAGUAACGGAACAAAAUAUUCAGCAAUGCAAGUUUGAAGCUGCUAGCAUGUCAAGAAAAAUUGAAUCCCUUGAAGCCUCCAAACGGAAACUGUUAGCUGAAAGUUUAGAGUCAUGCUCUGUCGAAGAACUGCAUGAAAUAGAGGGUAAGCUAGAGCAAAGCCUACGAAACAUCAGAGGGAGGAAGAAUCAGUUACUAGGAGAGCAGAUUGCACAACUUAAAGAAAAGGAGCAGACCCUCGAGAAGGAGAACACAUUACUGCAAGAGAAGUGCAAGCUACAAUCUCAGCCACCACUAGCUGAUCUGGAGGAAGCUGAUCCAGACGAGCAAGAUGGUCAGCAUAAUGAGGUAGAGACAGAGCUGUACAUUGGAUGCCCAGGAAGAGGAAGGAUCAAUUGCAUGUCGCCAAGUUGAUGGACACACUCUUCAGUUCACCAUGGAGCAUGUAUAGAGGUGAAUAGCAUAUAUUGGCUAUACAUACCUAUGAACAAUAAAUAGUAUGCUGAUAUGCUGAAUUUUAUUGUUAUGCCGUACUAUUGCAAGAUGCAAUCAGAAUGAAUGAAAAAUUGAAUAAUGAAUGGAAUAGCUUGAGGAGGCGGAUUAGACAA